AUGUCUUCGAGUAAGAGGGCAUCUCAACAGUUGGAUGGUAGGAUGCGGAAUCAAAGCAAUGAUGUCUUGAACAGGCGUAGCUCUGAUGCACAGCUUACUCCAAAAAAUUUAAAAGAUGAUAGUGUCGUUCAUUUUAAAGAUCGAGAAUCUAUGGAACUUUAUUCUCGAGCCAGAGCGCAGGAAGAGGAGAUCCAAUUUCUCCGUGGGCAAAUUACUGUUGCUUGUGUGAAGGAAUUGCGCCUGCUAAAUGAGAAAUAUGCAUUGGAGAGGAAAUUUGCUGACUUACGGAUGGUGAUUGAUGAGAAGCAGAGUGAAGCCACUACCUCUGCGUUAAAUGAAUUGGCACGCAGAAAAGGCGAUCUUGAGGAAAAUCUAAAAUUAACUCAUGAUUUAAAGGCUGCAGAUGAUGAGAGAUAUAUCUUCAUGUCAUCUAUGCUGGGGCUAUUGGCUGAAUAUGGUGUUUUGCCCCAUCCUAUUAAUGCUUCUGCAAUAUCCAACAGUUUAAAGAGACUACAUGAUCAAUUGCAGUGGAAGAUUAGAACUUCACAUAUGGCUGGCUUUACUAAUAAACAUGAUGCGAAUGUGAGAGCUGGGAGAAUGACCAAUGGCACCUUAUCUUCUCCUCACACCACACAUGAUGAGAUUGCUUCCUCUGCUUCUCAAGGUCCCACAAUAGAGAAUUUCAGAUUAUUGGUGAUGCUGUUCCGGGAGGCAAACUUCUUGGAUGUGGAUAUCCAGUACGUGGAACCUCACUUUGUAUGUUUCAGGAGCCACAAACCCAGAAUAUAUGUCACAGCUGAUGAUGUUGACAAAAUAAUUGUGUUGACUGCAUACCAAUGGAUGACCAAGGCCGUCAGGUUUCUAUUACCUGGGGAACUGGUGAGGCUUUUCGCUAAUGAUCAGAACAAAAUCAGAUGUGACCCAGAGAUGCAAAUGGGAUUGACGAACAUAUUUCUAGAGGACAGGCCACUUUUAGGUUCUGCUACUGUUCCUUGUGGCUUCUCAACUCAAUUUGUGUUGACAUGUUCUGAUGGAUCUUCUCAUCCUUGUAGCACGUACGAUGUUCGGAUGCGCGAUACUCUUGUGUUGACCAUGAGAAUACUCCAAGGCAAGGCACUGGAUGACAAAAGGAAAGGAAGAGUAUAG